ACUUCCCCCCGUUCCCAGCGCAGGUGGUGCGGUCGGGCUGGAGCAGGAAGUGGGAAGUGGAAGACUGGCCACAGGAAAGCUGACGACUUUCUCUCUAUAACUAUAUCACCUUCUCUACACGCGUUAUUUACUUAAAGAAUACCUGCAUUCAGGAGCUCGUCGAAGCGCAUCAUGUGGAAGGCAGCUGCAGGUCAGUCCGUCUCUGUUUCAGUGGACGAUGGAGGAGAUGACUGGGAAACUGACCCGGACUUUGAGAAUGACGUAUCAGAGAAGGAGCAGCGCUGGGGAGCCAAGACUGUGGUCGGCUCCGGACAUCAGGAACACAUCAAUAUUCAUAAGCUGCGUGAGAGAGUGUCGUCUGAACACAGUGACCUGAAGCAGAAGGAGCUGGAGAACAUGCCCAAAGCUUCCCACGGCUAUGGAGGGAAGUUCGGAGUGCAGCAGGAUCGCAUGGAUAAGUCUGCCGUAGGCCACGAGUAUCAGAGCAAGCUGUCCAAGCACUGCUCUCAGACCGACACCUCCAAGGGUUUCGGAGGGAAAUUCGGAGUGGAAGCGGAUCGUGUUGACCAGUCUGCUGUGGGCUUUGAGUACGCCGGGAAAACUGAGAAACACGCCUCGCAGAAAGAUUACGCCACUGGGUUCGGCGGACGUUACGGCGUUCAGGCGGAUCGUGUGGACCAGAGCGCCGUUGGCUUUGAUUACCAGGGGAAAACGGAAAAGCAUGAGUCUCAAAAAGAUUAUGCCAAAGGCUUUGGUGGCAAAUUUGGAGUGGAGACGGAUAAAGUGGACAAGAGCGCCAUGGGCUUCGAGUACCAGGGAAAGACGGAGAAACACGAGUCCCAGAAAGACUAUGUGAAGGGUUUCGGAGGGAAGUUUGGUGUUCAGACGGACCGUCAGGAUAAGUCUGCGAUGGGAUGGGAUCAUCAGGAGAAACUGCAGCUGCACGAGUCACAGAAAGAUUAUUCUAAAGGCUUUGGAGGGAAGUAUGGUGUGCAGAAGGACCGAAUGGACAAGAGCGCAGGCACGUUUGAGGAGGUGGAGAAGCCGAGCGCGGCGUAUCAGAAGACCCGUCCCGUCGAAGCAGCUGGAAACAGUGCCGGCAGCAUUAAAGCUCGCUUUGAGAACAUUGCGAAGCAGAAGGAGGAGGAGGACAAGAAGAGAGCAGAAGAGGAGCGCGCGAGACGGCAGGCCAAGGAGAAGCAGGAGCAGGAGGAGGCGCGCAGUAAGGAGGAGGCGCGCAGUAAGGAGGAGGCGCGCAGUAAGGAGGAGGCACGCAGUAAGGAGGAGGCGCGCAGUAAGGAGGAGGAGGAACCCGUCAUCGAGUCGGUGGAGAACGGUGCAAACGUGUACGAGGUGGAGCCGGUCCCAGCAGAAACUGCAUAUGAAGAACCAGUUCAGGAAGACCUGUACCAGAACAUUGAGCCGGACGACCAGACCUCAGGUGCUCAGUCGUACGAGUAUGGAGAGGAUCUGGGUGUGACCGCCGUGGCUCUGUACGACUAUCAGGCUGCGGGUGAUGAUGAGAUUUCCUUUGACCCAGACGACAUCAUAACCAACAUCGAGAUGAUUGACGAGGGCUGGUGGAGGGGCGUGUGCCGGGGCGCGUACGGACUCUUCCCAGCCAAUUACGUUGAAGUUCGACAAUAGACUCACUUGUUCAGCGGCAGAGCGUCACAGGAGGAGACGUCAGCCCUCCAUUUCAUGCUUCCAGUCCUUUAUCAGUCCUGCUUUCUCUUCUUUCUCUCUCAUGUUGAGUGUUCAGCGAACACUCGCGUCCUGUUUCAUGUCAGUAGUCCUGAGUAGAUGCCUCUGCCAAUAGAGAUUUUAUGACACUUCUGAGAGCGUUUAUACACACACACACACACACACACACACACACACACACACACACACACACACACACACACACACACACAUCAGUGUGUGAGAUAAGAGAUGGUAGACCAAAGAUCAGAGGUCUUCUGGCAUGUCAUGCACAUGGGCGGCUUCUUUAUGACUCUUAAAGCUGCGUCUGUACGAACACUUUGUUCAUUUUAGUGUCUUUUUGCAGUGUUGGAAUAUGGAGUAAAUGAAUUAUGUGUGAAAAUAUUAAUGAAGGCCAAAAUGUGAUGCCAUAAUAAAUCACUGCUAGAAUUCUGCAUCAGGAUCAACAGACAUUCCCUCGCAGUGUUUAAAAAGGAUUAUAAAAAUCAAAAAAUGGUAUUUGAAGGGUUGUGUAUUAAAUCAGAUGCUGAUGUCUUAUGUGGCGUGAACUGUGUGUAUGUCUGAUUUGAGUCGUCUCGUGCUUCAUCUGUAAAUUCUGUGCAGGUGUUCGGCUACAUCUGGACAUUGAUGUCGAUCUUUCGGUGAGUGCAUGGCAUUUCUGUUUGUGACAGCUGAAUUAUAUCGAAUGAUCUGGUGACAAAUGACAAUCCACACCGGUGCAGUGGAGUUAAUAAUGGCUUGGCAACAGCUAAUGACAUAAUCCGUUUUGCGUUUUUAGUUAAGUAAUCUUUUCGAACAAAUUGUCUGUGCUUAUCUAUACUGGCUCUCUUUACAAGGAUGUUUUAUAAGAAAUAUCAUUUAAGAAUAAAAAAAGAAAUAAAA